AUGAUCGCACUCUUCGAAAACCUGAACAAACGUCAACUUGAGUUAGAAGCUAAAAUAACGCAACUAAAGAAUGUAAUAAUUUUUUCAGCUCAACAAGAACUUUCAGCCGAGAUUAGAGAUGGAAUUAAGGAGCUCGGAAAACUAAUUGAUGAUAUCAAACAACUAGCCGAUGAACAGGAAAAGGAGAAGGAUAGGCAAGCGAUUCUACAACGACUGCUCAGAAAUGAAGAUCAAUACAAACAACUACAGGUAUCACUUCGACGAGCCAUCUUGACCUCUAAACAAAAUAUUGAAAGAGAAGCGAAAAUAGAACGUGAAAUGCUGCUAGGACGUAAUGAUGGACGAAAUCAAGCUUUUGAAAUGCGAAGGCGUAAUCUCACUUCGGAAGAUGCACUUUUACAUUCGGCCACUGAUGUUACGGAAUCAUUGCGACGUACCACACAAUUGAUGCAACAGGAGAUCGAGCGUAGUGUCUACUCAGCAAAAGUACUUGACGAGUCAUCCAAAGCCUUAAAGUCAACAUACAACGAAUAUCGAGGUUUUACCUCAGUUAUUCGUGGAUCUAAGCAAUUAAUCACCAAAUUGGAACGGAUUGAUUGGACCGACAGAUUGCUUAUAUUGUUUGGUCUGUUCGUGUUCAUACUUGUAGUGUUUUAUAUUCUGAAAAAAAGGUAA